UUGUCUUCUCACAGUAUAUUUCCCAGAGACUAGUAUUCGAGAAGUGAAACUGAACAUACUACUCCUUCAGGGGGAGGACGAGCUUCGGAGGUCUUUUUAUUGGGCUGGCUUACCAUUGGGCACACACAACCCCCUCGCCAUGAAUGGUGUCGCAGCUGCCCUCCUUGUGUGGAUUCUGACUUCUCCGAGCAGCAGUGACCAUGGCAGCGAAAAUGGUUGGCCCAAGCACACGGCCUGCAACAGUGGGGGCUUGGAAGUAGUCUACCAGAGCUGUGAUCCCUUACAGGAUUUUGGCCUUUCCAUUGACCAGUGUUCCAAGCAGAUCCAAUCAAAUCUCAACAUUAGAUUUGGCAUCAUUCUGAGACAGGAUAUCAGAAAGCUGUUUCUGGACAUAACUCUGAUGGCAAAAGGCUCUUCUAUUCUGAACUACUCCUAUCCCCUUUGUGAGGAGGACCAGCCCAAGUUCUCAUUCUGUGGAAGAAGAAAAGGAGACCCAAAGAUGCUUUAUUGUUUAUGAGAACUUGGGUCUGUUCUGCACUGGGCUCCCCAGAAGUUGCUCUCUGCCAGCUGCUCCCUUCUGCCAGUUUUCAUUGACCAUGGGGUGUACAAUUUAAACGCAUGUUCCAGAAACACACCCUUGACCGUUUCUCCUCCACUCCAAGAGCCCAGACCUUUAAGUAGCAAGGAUCCUGUCAAAAUGACCUGUGAUGGUUUGUAUAUGCUCAGCCCAUGGAGUCGCACUAUUAAAAGGUGUAGCCCUGUUGGAGUAGGUAUGGCCUUGUUGGAGUAGGCAUGUCACUGUGGGUGUGGGCUUUAAGAUCCUCAUCCUAGCUGCCUAGAAAUCAGUAUUCUGCUAGCAGUCUUCAUAUGAAGAUGUAGAACUCUCAGCUCCUCCUGCACCAUGCCUGCCAGGAUGCUGCCAUGUUGCUGCCUUAAUGAUAAUGAACUGAACCUCUGAAUCUGUAAGCCAGCCCCAAUUAAAUGUUGUCCUUAUA